GUUGUCUUCCCCGCCCCGCGCUCCUGCGCGCUCUCUCUUCCUCAGUCUUGCUUGUCAGGCAGCGGCUAUAACAUGUGAGGGAUCAGGUCCUGCCACUGCUCACCUGGGGCUUCACACCAUGUUCCGCAAGAAAAAAAAGAAACGUCCUGAGAUCUCCGCUCCUCUGAAUUUUCAGCAUCGGGUUCACACAUCAUUUGACCCCAAGGAGGGGCGGUUUGUGGGUCUUCCGCCGCAAUGGCAGAAUGUCCUGGACACCUUAAGGCGCCCCAAGCCUGUAGUAGACCCAUCCCGUAUAACACCCAUGCAGCUCAAGCCAAUGAAAACUGUUGUACGAGGAAGCACCAUUGGACUGGAGGGAUAUAUCACAGGAAUCCUUAAUGAUAUUCAGAAACUUUCUGUAACCAGUUCUAAUACUCUAAGAGGAAAAAGCCCACUGACCCGAAGAAGGGCUCAAUCUUUGGGAGUCCUUGGAGAAGAAAAAUCCCAUGAGGGGCACUACUUGGCUGAACAGAGCCAGACUGAAAAAUAUGGCAACUUCCUUAACUGUAAUGGUGGAUCUAAGGCAAGCAGGAGACAGACUAUGUGGCCGGACUAUAAAGCCGAUGAUCAAACCCAGCCAAACUGCACUGUAUUUAAUGCACAAUCGCCUGAACCCAGAGACUUUCAGGACUCUGUGGAUCAUGUGCCCCAGCCAAAGCCAUCUCCUGCACAGAUAGACUGUGACCUCUUAGCUAGACCGUUACACCACGAAACCCCAACAUCUCCACAGGACAAUCACACUAAACCAAAAGCCACAGAAAUUGUUUCAAAACCUAGACAGUUACGCAGUGUUUUUGUACCCUCGAGCAAUGGGAAGAUUGCAGGCCUGUCUCUCCCAACGCAGCAAAUAAAGACUGCAGGUGUUCAGCAUCGUGGCACUUCUGCACGGGGAGUUUUGGCCAAGGCUGCUUCUCUACCCCCAGACCAUUUAUCUUCGGACUAUACCAGGGUAAUCUCAGGAGUAGCCGCUGAGUGCACAUCUCCUCUCCAGCCUUGCAGACCGUCCCCCGCUGGUUCUCCCCGUAGUCGUCCUAUCCAGACCAGCUCCACAAACCUUUAUCUUUGUCAGGACAGCAAAAACCAGCUGUCUAGUCAGGAUUCACUGGUGGUUACACAUGAGCAGUUUAAAACGGCGCUUCGGAUGGUGGUAGAUCAGGGAGAUCCAAGGCUUCUGUUAGAGGACUAUGUGAAGAUUGGAGAGGGAUCCACUGGAGUGGUUUGCAUUGCUCGCGAGAAACACAGUGGAAGACAAGUUGCUGUAAAAAUGAUGGAUCUUAGAAAGCAGCAGAGGAGAGAGCUUUUGUUUAAUGAGGUUGUGAUCAUGAGGGAUUAUCAGCAUCCAAAUGUGGUGGAAAUGUACAGGAGUUACCUGGUAGGAGAUGAACUGUGGGUGCUUAUGGAGUUUGUGCAAGGAGGAGCACUUACAGAUAUUGUUUCACAAACCAGAUUGAACGAGGAGCAGAUUGCAACUAUCUCUAAAUCUGUGUUGCAAGCCCUAGAAUACUUGCACUCUCAGGGUGUUAUUCAUCGAGACAUCAAGAGCGACUCUAUCCUUCUGACGCUAGAUGGACGGGUUAAACUGUCUGACUUUGGAUUCUGUGCACAAAUUAGCAAAGAUGUCCCAAAGAGGAAAUCACUAGUGGGGACCCCCUACUGGAUGGCACCUGAGGUUAUCAUGAGGUCUUCAUAUGGCACAGAGGUGGAUAUUUGGUCUCUGGGUAUCAUGGUGAUUGAGAUGGUGGAUGGUGAGCCUCCAUAUUUUAGUGACUCUCCGGUACAGGCCAUGAAGAGGUUGCGUGACAGUCCUCCCCCCAAACUGAGGAACUCUCACAAAGCUUCCCCCAUUCUAAGAGAUUUUCUGGAGCGGAUGUUGGUGAGAGAAUCUUCUGAAAGAGCCACAGCACCAGCGCUACUGGACCACCUAUUCUUACUACAAGCUGGUCUCCCGGAUUGCAUGGUCCCCCUUAUUCAGCAAUACCGCAAGAGAAACUCCACCUGCUAGUACUUUGGACAAGAUAUGAACUGAGACUUAGACAGGACUGGCCACAGUCUCGGUUUGCUGGACACUGAGAACUUUUGAAUUCCCACUCAGAGGUUACAGGCUGUGAAUAUGAUUUUAUUGCAGGGUCCAAAAACAGUGGUGGACAAAAUAAAUAACAAGGGAUUUCAGAAACUUUAACUUGUGACUGUAAGGUUCUCUCCAGCACUCUACAGGGUUAUAUACAAUUGUUUACAAAAGCUAAUAUUUUAUUUUUUACACUGGAAAAGAAGAGAAGUUACAGUGGACAAAGACAGAUGCACCUUAUUUUUUAAUAAUUCUUUUUAAAAAAAAAAAAAUCUAAGUGCUUUUUCCCCCCAAAUAUUUUGAGACCACUGCUUCAUAUAACCAGCAGAGGGAGCCGCUUGCUUUCUAAUAAAGCACAUUGCAUAUUUCACUUUUUAAAAUUCCUCAUCUUUUGGAUUACUGAACUGUGUCUGGCAUUUUAUCUGUUAAGAAUGCAGUUCUACAUAUGAUCAAGUACAAUUCAAGCAAUGCCAAUCCAUUUUAAGUAAUUUCCCCUUGGACAUGUGAGAUAAGUUUAACCUGGAGUUUUGAGCAUGUUUUAUUUUAUGUUCUUUUGCUUUAGUCUUGUUUUAGAAAUAGUCACAAAACAGCCAAGAAAAGCACCUGUGUAUUUAUUUUUUUUAAAGUGGAUUACAAUGAUCACGUCUAUGAAUUUUAUGGCAAAAACAAAAAACGUAAUCAAAUACAAAAAAGUGUCUUAAAAAUCUAUAA